GCCCGAGCGGAGCCGCCGCGGCCGGACCCGAUGCCGGGAGCUGGGCGCUGAGGGCGGCCCCGACAUGGGGGUUCUCAGCAUCACGGACCAGCCCCCUCUGGUCCAAGCCAUCUUCAACCGAGAUGUGGAGGAGGUUCGGUCGCUGCUCAACCAGAAGGAGAACAUCAAUGUACUGGACCAAGAACGCCGGACUCCCCUCCAUGCUGCUGCCUACAUCGGAGAUGUUGCAAUCCUCGAGCUCCUCAUCCUGUCAGGUGCUAAUGUGAACGCGAAGGACACGGUGUGGCUCACGCCGCUGCACCGCGCCGCGGCCUCGCGCCACGAGAAAGCCCUCCACCUGCUCCUGAAGCACUCGGCCGAUGUCAACGCCCGCGACAAGCACUGGCAGACGCCGCUGCACGUGGCCGCGGCCAACCGGGCCACCAAGUGCGUGGAGGCCCUGGUGCCCCUGCUGAGCACCGUCAAUGUGGCCGACCGCACCGGGCGCACGGCGCUGCACCACGCCGUGCACAGCGGCCACCUCGAGAUGGUGAACCUGCUGCUCAACAAAGGCGCCAGCCCCAGCACAUGUGACAAGAAGGACCGGCAGCCCCUGCACUGGGCGGCCUUCCUGGGUCACCUGGAGGUGCUGAAGCUGCUGGUGGCGCGCGGGGCCGAUGUGGCGUGCAAGGACAGGAAGGGUUACACGCUGCUGCACACGGCGGCCGCCAGCGGCCAGAUCGAGGUCGUGCGUCACCUCCUCAGGCUGGGGGUCGAGAUCGACGAGCCCAACUCCUUCGGGAACACGGCGCUGCACAUCGCCUGCUACAUGGGCCAGGACGCCGUGGCCAACGAGCUGGUCAACGUGGGGGCCAACGUGAACCAGCCCAACGACAAGGGCUUCACGCCCCUGCACUUCGCCGCCGUCUCCACCAACGGCGCCCUGUGCCUCGAGAUCCUCGUCAACAACGGCGCCGACGUCAACUUCCAGAGCAAGGAAGGGAAGAGCCCCCUGCACAUGGCGGCGAUCCACGGACGCUUCACGCGCUCGCAGAUCCUCAUCCAGAACGGGAGCGAGAUCGACUGCGCCGAUAAGUUCGGGAACACGCCGCUGCACGUGGCCGCGCGCUACGGCCACGAGCUGCUCAUCAGCACCUUAAUGACCAACGGCGCCGACACCGCCAGGCGCGGGAUCCACGACAUGUUCCCUCUGCACCUGGCCGUGCUCUUCGGCUUCUCCGACUGCUGCCGCAAGCUGCUUUCCUCAGGCCAGCUGUACAGCAUCGUGUCGUCGCUGAGCAACGAGCACGUGCUCUCGGCCGGCUUCGACAUCAACACCCCCGACUGCCUGGGCAGGACCUGCCUGCACGCCGCCGCCUCCGGAGGGAACGUUGAAUGUCUCAAUUUGCUGUUGAGCAGCGGUGCCGACCUGAGGAGGAGGGAUAAAUUCGGGAGGACCCCCCUGCACUACGCGGCCGCCAACGGCAGCUACCAGUGCACGGUGACACUGGUGACAGCCGGGGCCAGCGCCAACGAGGCCGACGGCAAAGGCUGCACCCCCCUGCACUACGCGGCCGCCUCCGACACCUACAGGAGAGCAGAGACUCAUUCGGGAGCCAGCGACGAGGAGCCCCUGAAGGAGUCCAGGCUGAAGGAGGCGUUUUUCUGUUUGGAAUUCCUGCUGGAUAACGGUGCUGACCCUUCCCUGCGGGACAAGCAGGGCUACACCGCCGUCCACUACGCGGCCGCCUACGGCAACAGCUGUUUGGAAUUCCUGCUGGAUAACGGUGCUGACCCUUCCCUGCGGGACAAGCAGGGCUACACCGCCGUCCACUACGCGGCCGCCUACGGCAACAGGCAGAACCUGGAGCUGCUCCUGGAAAUGUCGUUCAACUGCCUGGAGGACGUGGAGAGCAGCGUCCCCGUCAGCCCUUUGCACUUAGCUGCCUACAACGGUCACUGUGAAGCGCUGAAGGCGCUGGCCGAGACUCUGGUGAACCUGGACGUGCGGGACCACAAGGGCCGCACCGCGCUCUACCUGGCCACGGAGCGCGGCUCCAGCGAGUGCGUGCAGGUGCUCACCAGCCACGGCGCCUCCGCCCUGCUCAAGGAGAGGAAGAGGAAGUGGACGCCUCUCCACGCUGCAGCUGCCAACGGGAACACGGAUUCCCUGCACCUCCUGAUCGACAGCGGCGAGCGGGCCGACAUCACCGACGUCAUGGACAUCCACGGCCAGACCCCGCUGAUGCUGGCCAUCAUGAACGGCCACGUGGACUGCGUCCACCUCCUGCUGGAGAAGGGAUCCACGGCCGACGCCGCCGACAAGAGGGGCCGCACCGCGCUGCACCGAGGGGCCGUGACAGGCUGUGAGGAUUGCCUGGCUGCUCUGCUGGACCACGAUGCCUUCGUCCUGUGCCGGGAUUUCAAGGGCCGGACCCCGAUCCACUUCGCCUCGGCCUGCGGCCACCUGGAGGUGCUGCGGACGCUGCUGCAGGCCGCGCUCUCCACGGACCCGCUGGACUCGGUGGUGGACUACAGCGGCUACUCGCCCAUGCACUGGGCUUCUUACAGUGGGCACGAAGAUUGUCUUGAAUUGUUACUUGAACACAACCCGUUUGCGUACCUAGAAGGAAACCCCUUUACUCCAUUGCACUGUGCAGUAAUUAACAACCAGGACGGCACUGCUGAAAUGCUGGUGGAAGCAUUAGGUGCCAAGAUUGUUAAUAGCAGAGAUGCCAAAGGAAGGACACCCCUUCACGCUGCUGCCUUCGCAGACAACGUCCAUGGUUUACAGCUGCUGCUGCGCCACCAGGCCGAGGUGGACACCCCGGACAAGCUGGGCAGGACCCCCCUCAUGGUGGCUUCGGAGAACGGGCACACGGCAGCAGUGGAGUUCCUGCUGUUCCAAGCGAAAGCGAAUAUUACUGUGCUGGAUGUCAACAAGAACACAGCUCUUCACCUGGCCUGCAGCAAGGGCCAUGAAAAGUGUGCCUUGUUGAUCCUGGGGGAAACCCAAGACCUUGGCCUUAUCAAUGCAAGUAACAGUGCUCUGCAGAUGCCGCUGCACAUCGCGGCACGGAACGGCCUGGCCGCCGUGGUGCAGGCGCUGCUCAGCCGAGGGGCCACCGUGCUGGCUGUGGAUGAAGAAGGUCACACCCCAGCUCUGGCCUGUGCCCCCAACAAGGACGUGGCCGACUGCCUGGCACUUAUCCUCUCCACCAUGAAGCCUUUCCCCCCCAAGGACGCCAUCGGCUCCUUCAGCUUCAACCUCCUCAAGAACUGCGGCAUCGCGGCCAAGGCGGCGGCGGCGUGCGGGGCCCUCCCCAACGGCUCCUCCUGCCCCUACUCCAAGGAGCGCCACAACGCCCUCGGCCUGGACGGCUGCUACUCGGAGUAGCCCCCCCCCCCGGUGACCCGCUAGCGCGUUCUAUUUAUUUAGGAAUCCUAUAAAUAUUGGGCACUUUGAAGGAGAACAAGACUGGGAGGGCUCUGCGGGGACACAGGGGAGGCGAAGCCAAGAGUUCUGGAGCUUUCCGCGCCCGGCGCGUUCCCCAUCCUCCCUGCCCUGGGAGGGGCAGGAUUUGGCCUGGCACGGGGCAGGUGCUGCUGGAUUUUUCCCUUUGGGGUUGGUUGGAGCCGUUUCCUUCCCGGAAUUUUUGUUUCCUUCCCAGCAUUUUUGUUUCAUUCCCGGCAUUUCCGUCCCAGCGUUUCCUUCCCGGCGUUUCUGUUUCAUUCCCGGCGUUUUUGUUUCAUUCCUGGUGUUUUUGUUUCAUUCCCAGCGUUUCCUUCCCAGAGUUUUGUUUCAUUCCCAGCGUUUUUGUUUCAUUCCCAGAGUUUCCUUCCCAGAGUUUUGUUUCCCUCCCCAUUUCUGUUUCCUUCCUGGCGUUUUUGUUUCAUUCCCGGCGUUUUUGUUUCAUUCCCGGCGUUUCCUUCCCAGA